GCAAGUAGGAUUGAGAAGAGAGAGAAUUUCUUGGAGAAGCAGGCAAGCCGUGGCCGUACCGUUCGUUGAUGGAAAAGCCAGAAUCCUCCUUUGUAUUUGCAUACGCUCUCUUCGAUUUCUACACACUCUUUGUAAUCUAUUCUACACACAGUCACAGAGAGAGAUUGUUGACUGAGUCAACUGUCAACUGUCAACUGAAGAAUUUGAAGAAGCAGCUGUAAACGAUGUCGAUUUCGCCGCAGAAAUUCCGAGACCCCUAAUCAGACGCAUAUGUUAUUCCACCCCCUUUUUAAUCACGCUUGCUAUUGCUGUGCUUCGCUGAAUACCAAUUCCUGCAUUGAUUACUGAUUAGCUCCCCAUUUUCACUGUUAUUUUUUGAAAAUUAUAUUCGAUGGAUCACGAGCUGCGAGAGAUCAAUCAGAGAGGCGAUCAAUUCGGAUCCGAUGAGGAAUCGAAUUCAAGCAAUUCUGAGGCUGCGAGUUCCAAUGAAAUUGGUGAUUCAAACGCGAAAUCGAAAAUUGAAGCGGAUAGCAAAUGUCCUUCCCAUGUAAUCGACGUGAAAUGCGAUGGAUUUUCAGGGGAUAAUCAGAGAGUGUGUAGAAUAUGCCAUUUGAAUGCGAAGGAGAGUGGGAAGAAUUCGGUGGAGUUGACUGAGCUUGGGUGUGGAUGCAAAGGGGAGCUCGGUGUUGCUCAUUUGCAUUGCGCCGAAGCUUGGUUUAGAGUCAGAGGAAAUAGAAUGUGUGAGAUAUGCGGUGAGACUGCAAAGAACAUUAGUGGUGUGGGGGACAUUCGGUUCAUGGAGGAAUGGAGCGAGUCUCAAACUAGGGAGACAGAGUCUGGACCAUCAGGUGGGGGCAGAAGGUGCUUGAGCAGGCAGCCGUUGUGCAACUUCUUGAUGGCAUGUCUGGUAAUAGCGUUCGUCCUCCCAUGGUUUUUCCGUGUAAAUAUGUUGUGACGAGACCAGUUUGAACGUGGUUCUUGGUCGUUUUUGACAGUUUUUAAGGUAUAGGCCACCAUUUUCCUUCUCUCUUAUUUUAUACUUUGGCGUGGUUUGCAUAGUCUUCUUCUCGUAGAUUUUUUGUACCUUUUUUCAAUGAACGAGUGUUUUUUGGUGUAAUACAUAUAUCGAUUGUUCAUCAGUUAAAA